AUGCCGUCCAUGCUUAGGCCUAAAUACAAUACACAGUGGAAAUUGAUUGUCGAGCUUGAAACGGUUUACCUAUCUUGGAGUACGAUUGAUGUUUGUCCACUGCAUCAUACUUGCCAAGGUAGAUGUGGGACACCUACGAGCAGGCAGUGGAUGUGCAACUGUGACUCGUAUUGUGAGAUUUAUGGAGAUUGCUGUUACGAUUACUGGACAAAUUGCAACGACAAAGAAGCUCGGAUCCCUUCUAUGACAUUGUGGGACCGUACAGUUUGUAAAGGUGGCUCGUACUAUUUGAUUUCCAAAUGCAGUCCAGGAACAUUUAAUGAACAGGUUCGCUUGAACUGUGAACAGCCAAAUCAAGACGACCUUCUUCUUAGUAUUCCAGUCAGUGACGCUUCUAAUUUAGGUUAUUUAAACGUAUAUUGUGCUCUGUGUAAUGGCGUACCGAUGUCGGAUGUUGUAGCAUGGAAAGUUACUGUCAAUUGUAUUUACCCUGAAUCCGUGGCUAUAUGGAUAGGCGAAGAACCACUACAGACAACAACCAUGGCUCCAACAACUCCCAUAAAUUUUAAAAACAUUAUUUCUGAGAUUGAUCGCGCGCCUAGUCGGUAUUAUGUAUAUGAACCAACUCAAAACUACAGUAAGAGAUAUUGCCCUUAUGAUCGUCAUCCCGGAAUAAAAUAUUGCCCACGUGACUUUCCUGAUAUUGAUGUAGCAUAUAAAUGCAAGAUCUACAUUGCACCAGUGUACGCCAAAUUUGGUGGGAAGUACGCAAACACACAUUGCGCACGUUGUCAUGGUAGGCCUAUAAGCCUACAACAAAAUACUUGCCUGAAAACCGAAAGUGAUGCUCAAUACGUCAAUAUAGUUGAAAAUAAUAUGAUCAUACCCAUCACAAUUUUGCUGGACUUUUCCUCAGGUUCAGCCUUAAGUGUCGAAUCAUCACGGUUGAGUUUUACCUCUUCGGGAGCAUAUUGCGAUUCUGGUCAAGUCUUCAAUCCUUUUAUUGGAGAAUCUGGCGAAUGCAUCACAAUCACUUGCCAAAAAGACGAGCUCCUUACUAAGAAUGGCUGCAUAAAACCUGGUAUUCCAAUGCAUGCACCUGCACAAUUUCAAAUAGAUCCCGGAUACUCUAGUAAACUCCUAUGUUUAUGUAAACAUGAUAGCAGAAUCCAGUUACGAUACAACUUUACAAACAAUGAUGUUCUGACUAGGAUCAGGUCAUGGAUACAAUUUCAAAAUUUAUCAUUCGAAUUUCAUAGUUCUGGUAAACCUCCAAUAAUGUAUACAAUAUAUUUCAAUACGUCACAUUGUGACGUGUUGGAAAGUAUUACCCAAAUAAUCUAUCAGCAGAUCAAUAGCGAGAAUACACAUUUGUUGGAAUAUAUCACCAUACUACAAGCGUGUGUAAAUACAAAAAACAAUAUGACACCACACAAUGAUUACAAAAAUUGUAAUGAUCUGGAGUUAAAUGUGGAUAUGGUAAAUAUCGAGAAAAUGAAUGAAUCAGUAAAAGUGUCAGACGAAAAUAAAACGUUUACAAUAUCAGAAAGUGAUUAUCGAGUGGAAAUGACGUUUAAUAUCGUAAGCGAAUCAGCAAAGCCGAUUAAAGUCAGCAUAUCAAAUUGUCUUGAUCGUUCACCUGACCCAACAUGUCCACUCAUUGCUCUGAACAUCAACGAUUUUGAAGUCAUAGAAAAUACAAUUUGGAUGUACAAGCCGAACGGUCGUCAGUUUACAAUUGAUGAGAUUGCAGUAUUUUCUAAUGACUCUGUUUAUGUCUGCUCUUUCUUUUCUCAAAACGGAACGCAUACAUAUGUAUCAACCAUAUUCAUUUAUGAUAAAACCUUGCAGAUUUUGAACGUCGUUGGAGUCUCUUGUUCACUCCUCGGUCUGUUUUUGACAUUUAUUAUACGUUGCAUUAAAAAAGACCUUCGGACUAUUUCUGGCAAAAUUGUAAUGAACAUUGCGGCGGCAUUGUUUCUGGCACAGUUUGGGACGUUGUUGGCAAAAACUUUAGUUGAAUCCAAACUAGGAUGUGUUGCUGUAGCUGCACUUUUGCAUUAUCUGUGGUUGGUGGCAUUUAUGUGGAUGUUUAUAAUGUCAACAAUAUUGUUCAAAUCGUUCCGUUCUUUAAAAUCAGCUGUAGAGCAUCGCAGAGGAAGACAAUCUAUUACGAUGCCUUUCUUUUGUUGUUGGGGACUUCCAGUUUUGGUUGUCGCUGUCGCUAUGACUUUUCACAUUUGGGAAUACGCUCCUAUCAAAUUCUCAUACGGUGACAAAACAGUUUGUUGGAUACGCGAUGAGUUUGCUGCCUUCUUGUUCUUAGGUAUUCCCAUGGCAACGAUCCUUGCUUUAAACAGCAUUAUGUUUGUCGUUAUAGUGUGCGGGAUUUACCAAACUUAAAUGAGCUCUAAAACGAUGCGAGGAUCUUCCACAAAGAAAGAUAUUUCUACUAAUCUCAUCAUAUUU